AUGGCCUCCCCAGCCACCUCCUCUGAUUCCUCUGCACCCUUUGCUUCCACUGUCCCUGCUGCGCCUCAACCUGCACCGACGUCCGUGGUUCAGACCGUGAAUAUCCGGUCACAUGUUCCAGUGCUCCUCGACAUGGUGGAAUUGAACUACACCCAGUGGUGGUGCAUCUUCGACUUCGUGCUCGGCAAGUUCGGCCUCGACAACCACAUCCACUCACCACCGGCGCUCGCCCAGCGCGACGGCGACUUGGUGAUGAACAACCACAGUGUCGUGAAUUGGAUUUACACCACCAUGAACAAGGCGGUCUUCAACACCGUCUACAAGCCGCACGCGUCAGCCUUCACUAUCUGGACUGACGUCGAGGGCCUCUUUCGCGACAAUGAGAUGCAACGUGCCAUCUACCUCGAGGCUGAAUUCCGCAAAAUUCACCAAGACUUCACCGAUGCGCUGCGCGACGUUGACCAACCCGUGUCGGAGCCUAGCCAGGUGCUGAAUCUCCUUCGUGGCCUCAACCCCAAGUACCGCCACCUGAAGCCCAUCAUCGCCGACAAAUUUCUGCUGCACACAUUUAUGAGCGCCUGCUUAUACCUGUUGAUGGAGGAGCUCCGCGACGAACACGAUGCCAAGAAGGACGACGGCUAG